AUGCGCGUGCCCGUGGCGUCGGUGGUCCUCGUGCUGGCGUCGUUCCUGACGACGCGGGUCUGCGCCCACAUAAUCGCGUGGCGCGAAACGAGGCGGGAGGGACCGAUACGGGACGCGAUCGAGAGCGGCGCCGCCGCCGAGUAUAACAAGGACGACUGCGUCUGGAGGCGCGGAAACGAUCGCGACGUCUGUCCGGACCCGGACGUGCACGUGUACCUGUACACGCCGGGCCGACCGCGACGGCUGCUGGACCUCCUGGAGCAGUCCGAUUGGCUGCGACGGGAUUACGAGCCUACCAAGGACAAUGUGAUCCUGAUUCACGGAUACGCAGGUGGCGAUGACAUGUUACCGAUGGUGAUUUUGCGUGACGCUUACCUGAGGAACGGUAGCUAUAAUGUCUUCCUGGUUGAUUGGGGUGCGUUAUGCGCCCGACCGUGUUAUCCAGCUGCGGUGGCAAAUAUGCGACCGGUAGCGCGAUGUCUCGCCGACGUUCUGACGACCUUGAGAAAUCUUGGCCUGCCGAUCGCCAGGACCACCUGCGUGGGGCAUUCCUUGGGCGCUCACGUUUGCGGCAUUCUGGCUAAUUAUCUUCUCUUCAGGAUGUACAGGAUAAUCGGCUUGGAUCCCGCUCGUCCGCUUCUCCGACCGGGUCUGAUGAACCGUCUGGACGCCGGUGACGCCGACUUCGUCGAAGUGAUACACACCAACGCCGGAUACUACGGCGAGAUGGGUCGCCUCGGCCACGUGGACUUUUGCGUGAACGGCGGCAAGGUGCAACCGUUCUGCGCGGACCGGGAGAUGUAUCAGCUGUGCAGCCAUGUGUGGGCGGUCUGCUUCAUGGCGCAGAGCGUGGACGACGGCGGCGCGCGGCUGAUCGCGGAGUCCUGCUCCAGGAGGUGUCCGUCGGGUCCGAGGAUCGCCGCCAAGGCGGGCGAGUACGUGACGAUGGGUCAGCACACCCCGGUCAACACCAGGGGAUCCUUCUGCUACAUCAACCCCGACCCGCCGUACUGCCCGAGGUACUGGAACGGCCACGGCGACGAGAGAUGUUGCAUCCCCGAAGUAACGAACAACGAAGAGUUAGAGGAUAAUACCGUGAAGUAUGACAACUCAUCGAAACACUAUAAAUCGGCGAGACGUUCGAACUUCGAACUCGACUUGACACGACUCCGAAAUUGUGCAAAUUAAGUAAGAAUUAUUAUCUUAUUACGUUUAUUAAUCGCACUGAAUUUGUUUGUUGACAAGUUUAUUAAAUUUAAUUGUUAGACUUAUAGAGGCUCUCCGAGAGAGAUAUGCUCAUAUAUAUAAUAUAGAUUUACAUAUAUUAUUUUAGA